AUGAAGCUAGUAACUGCUGUAGAAGUUGAAAGAUUCUAUGCAAUUUGUUUUUUGUCAAACAUGAAACUAAAUAGAGAUGAAAAUGAUCUUGCUUCUCGUCUAAUUGGCAUCUAUUUCAACUUCUUCAAGCUGCACAUAGGAAAAGGAGAAGUUGAUACAAAGAUAUUGAGUGCUGUGUUGACGGGAGUCAACAAAACGUACUUAUGUGCCCGAGUGAAGACGGACGCCAUAACUGAGCAGACGGAAGCAUUGUACACAAUCAUUCAUCUAUCUAAAUUCAACACAAGUCUUCAAGCUCUUAUGUUACUGCACCAAGUCAUGGAUGUCAGGGGAGGCAAUUUGAAAUGGUUCCGUGACGCUUGUUCAAAUCUUGCUCCUACUCUCAAAAAGUUAACUAAUUCUGUAAAAACAAAUAAAAACGAAAUGAUGAGUAAACUCAACAACUUACGUGAUCUGAAUAAUGUGGUUAGGACUCAAAUUGAAAUCAUCAGUAAGGCAGUUGAUAAAAACAGUAAAAAUAUCCUGCAGAAGAGGGUGCGAAGAAUCUCCGGUGACCCAGUCCAUGGGGUUGUGGUGCAAGGCCCUGUGGAUGGUCUGGCUACUGGCAUCGCACUCUAUAGUGUGGCGGUGCAAGGCACUAUAGAUGGAAGGACUACUUGUAGACCAAGGGGUUGGAGGUUUGGUACCUGGAAUGUAGGCACGUUGACAGGAAGAAGUUUGGAAGUGGUGGAGGAGCUGCAGAGGAGAAUGGUUGACGUGGCUGCAUUACAGGAGAUCAGAUGGAAGGGUGAGGGUACAAGGUUUGUGGGGGCUAAAGGUGGAAGAUAUAAGUUGUGGUGGAAGGGGGAUGAUCGUACGGGAGGAGUUGGUGUGAUAGUAAGAGAAGAGUUGGUGGAGAAGGUGUUGGAAGUGAGGCGGAGAAGCAAUGGUGUAAUUGUGGUGGUGAUGGUGUUUGGAAAAGUAAUAGUGAGGGUGAUAUCAGGAUAUGCUCCGCAACAAAGUAGGAAGGAAGAGGAGAAGGAUAGGUUUUAUGAUGAUGUUUCUGACGAGAUUGGGCAAGCGGGUGAUAAAGAAAGCGAUCGUUUUUAUGUUGCUCUCUACAAAAAGAUGUUAGACCAUGAACUGCCAACUUCGAACAAACUUCCUUUGUUUCUUAAUAUUCUUUACAAAAGCAUGAAAAAGGAUCACAUUGAAAUAAGAGUAAUGGCAUUUGUUAAGAGGCUGCUUCAAGUGUGUCAAUUCAUGAGUCCAUCAAUGAUUUGCAGUUCGUUGUAUUUACUGUCACAACUAGCCAGUGAAAAGUCUUCUGUUUUCAAAUUCUGCAAAGAAAAUGAGGAAACAGAUGAUGAUGAAAGUUGCGAUAAUAACGAAAGUAAGGAAACAAUGGUUCAACAUAUGGAUGCUGGUUAUGAAAAAGUCGAAACAAAUGUUUUGAAUAAGAGAUCACCAACUUCGUUUAAAUCGUCAUGGAUGCACAAGACGAAUAGUAAUUGUAGGGUGUUGUCAAAUGUCUAUGAUCCGCUACAUCGAAACCCAGCUUUCUGUAGGGCUGAUAUGGACUGUUUGUGGGAAUUGAAUAUUUUUUUGUACCAUUAUCAUCCAACAGUUGUUAUCUUUGCCAAAUCAAUAGUUAAUGGAGAAAAAAUUGAUUACUCUGGUGAUCCUCUUGAAAAUUACGCUUUCAAAAAAUUCCUCGACCGAUUUAUAUGCAAAAAUCCAAAAAAAGUGCACGAGGGACCUAAUGAAAACCAGCCAUUGAAAGAAUCCAUUAAAUUGGAAAGCGAAAAUUGUGAUAUAGCAGAGAGCGAGGAUUGUCAGGUUGCAGAUCAAGAAGAAGACUGUGUUGAUGACGAUGAAGAUAUUGAUGAUGAUGGAAAAUUUGAUGAAGAAGAAGUUGACUUUGGGAAGGAUUUUAAAGAUGAAUUCAAAGAUUUAAUUGCUAGUGACAUCGAUAAUGAAACUUUAAUGGAUGAAGAUGAGAGUAAUGAUAAAGUGCAAGCUGCUGGAGAAUAUUUAAGAGAAAUAGAAAGUUCAGACGAAGAGUCAAGUAAUAAUGAGGACAAUGAGGAUAUUGAUGACCAAACUCUGGGAAGAUAUACUGAUAAAGUGUUGAAACAAAUGAAAUGGGAAGAAGGAAACGAAAAAGUUUGGAGCAAAAAGCAUCGAAUUCACAGAAAAAGGAGCAAUAAUACCAAUUACUUGCGAAAAAAUAUCCAAAAGGAAUUUUGUAAAAAUAAAAGGUUCAAGAGAUAA